GUUUUGGUCUCCUGUAAACGGGACGUAGUGACACAUCGCCUCUAACCAUCCUCUUCUGUGAUGGAGUCGGAGAGAAGCUGCGGCACCGACACACGAGCACCGACGACGGGGGGGAGAGCGAUCGAGAGUCGGUCUGUAAACCACGAGAGAAGCCGGGGAGCUCCGUGUCCCGCUGGGUGUUAGCUCACAGUUAGCAUCGGUUAGCUAGCAUGUCAGCGGCUGCGACGGGCGGCAGCGCCCGGCUGCUCGAGCUAGCAUGUGUCGGUGUUAGCUAAUCACCAGAUAUUCUUAACGUACAGUUAAUUAGCGGCUAACAGCUAAUAGCUUCUGCACCCACACAUGUUAGCUCGUGUUCUUGUUGAGCUCUUCGUGUCGUAGCUGCUUGUUGUUUCUUUUUUUUAAUUCGCAGUUUGAGGAUGAUUUCACCACAGAGCAUCAGUUCCUGUGUGUUUGUGUUGAAGGUUCUUCAUCACCUGGGUCAUGUGGCUGUGAACAUCACAGGGGUUUUGAAAGAGGACAUGUGAAAGGAUAAGGUGCAUGAGGCCUUCACGUGUCACCAGGAGAACCCAUGGAACCAUUCAUCAUGCCCUUGCACUCCUCCUCCCCUCCUCCACUGGAUGAUGAUGGCGACGGGGAGGCUGGAGCCGAGGACGACGAGUUUGGAGACUUUGGGGGAUUCUGCUCCUCUCGAGGCGUCGCUGAUUCCACUGAACCACCACCCACCCUCAGAGAACCGUCUCAUACCUUGAAGGCUGCCGCCCUUCCACCAAACUACAGCGUUAAUCGCCCAGCUGAACAAUCCCCGACUGUACCCACUCCAAGCUCAGGUUCUGUCAGGGGCCAGAGAAAGAUAGGAAGGAAGGAUUGUAAGGCUGAGUCGUCUCUGCACCUCACAAACGGAUAUGCUGAAGGAGACCACUACGUUGAGACCCAUGGUGCGUCUGUCGUGGGUACUUUCUCUCCUAGGGAGGAAACAGGAUUUGCUGAUUUCACUGUGUUUACAGAGCAGGCGGUUCAUCCCUGGUGCUGCGGCCUCUCUCCCUUGAACAGCACCGAGACGUGGGCUGGAGAUGCUGAAGGGACGAACAUGGCUGAAAAAAUAUGCGAUCCAGGUCAUGAGGUUGUUCUGGACUCUGAGCCCAGAUCUCAUGGUGCAUCUGAGUCUAAAGGAAAUGUUUGCACUAAGGUCAAGCACUGUGAGAAAAGAGAUGCAGCAAUUGUGCAACCAUCUCAGGACCGCCCCCAGCCUCAGAGCGCGGCAGCAGCUUUUGGAUUUCCAUCUCAACGGCCUCAUUUCGGAGAGGAGGACGGAGGCGCGCAUGGAGACAGAUGGAGGGAAACAAGGCAUUGUUUGAAUUAUUUACAAACCUCAGAGGUGCAGGCGGAUGAAGACUUGGAGAAAGACAGAGAGAGGGGCAUUACUACUGUCCCCCAAAUAAUCAGUGUGUAUGAGUCUGCUUCAGAGGAUCUGGAAUCUGUCGGUGAUGACUUUUCAUUUGAAGGUGUUUCUGCUGACUUGGAACCAAUUGUUUCAUCUCUGGCUUCACAAGACGAUCAGACCGAUUGGGACCAGACUGAUGCUGAGGAUGAAGAACUGGGAAACAACUGGCAUUCUGACUCUAUUGGCAACAGCAGCAGCAGAAUGGCAGAUCUCAGCCAAACUGAGGCACGGCAGACCUUUCAUCGCUGCGUCCAAUCUCCGACUCAGGAAACUUCUGCUACCUCCAACCAGUCACAUUCUGUAAUAAAUGAAUUUGCAGACUUCGAUGACCGUGUUUCUGAGCAUCACAGGGACCUAGACUGUGUCCAAACUGCUGAUGUGAGUGUGCAGAGUCUUGGGAGCCUCCCACCGAGUGACAGCUUUGCUGAUUUCUGCUCAGCAACCAUACAGGAGGUAGGAGACGGGUCGUGGGCAGAGUUCCAAGAUCAGAGGGCUCAAGCGGAGGGAGGUCAGCGACCUGACCGAGUCAGCAGCCUUCAGAGUGACGGGUAUGCUGAGGAAGAGCAGGACAGGGUGGAACACUGUGGAGUUUCAAAGAGAAACAGCUUUCAGGUGUUAUCCUGCCGUGUCCAGCAGAUCCUCCAUGUCAGUUUCCCAGAGGUCGUGGUCCCAACUGUGGAAGGUGAAGAAGAAGAAGAAGAGGAGGAGGAGGAGGAGGUGCUGAGCCUCUGUGCUCAACUUCACAUCCGACACCUCCCAGAGAGCGAGGAGGAGAAGACGCCAGAACUCAGUGAUGCUCAGAGGGUUCAGCGGGGCCUGUGGUGGCCACACGGAGAGGUCCACAGUGCGGUUGGCCUUCAGUUUCAGUGGGGUGGUUCCCACACUAACAGUACUCUGCUCAGGUGCCUCGGUGUGGACACAAGAAACAUUGUUUUCAUUGGCAUGAAGAAGCAGCCAGUAGCUGUACCUGCUUUUGCAUCCAGCCUGGGAAUGCUUGAGCCAACCAAAGACACUGUACCAGCUGUUUGUACUUCAGGAUACCCAGCAGUCAAAGUACGAGAACCUGCAGGGCCACAGAACAAGCAGGGGCCCUCAAGUGACUCAGUGCAGGAGGCACUCCCAUCCAGCCAGCUGGACUGGAGCAGCCGUGGCCUUAGCAGCUCUCAGGACGGCUGUUGUGCUCUCAACCUGGAUUAUUUUGGUCCAGAGGAGGAGAACAGGUCCAGCAGCAGCAACAGUCCUCCACCAGGAGUCGACCGUGAACUGUACGAGUUGACCAUCAGCAAACUGGAAACCAGCACGGACAGCUGCCACCUAGUGGACACUUUGAAUCGACUGAUGUCUGAUGCAGAGAAGACGAGCACCUCAGUCAGGAAACCUCCGGAGGAUGAAGAGUUGAGUGCGGAGGCUGGUCGGGUGAUCGCUGGACUUCCAAACUUGUCCUUCAUGAAGGCCAAGGUCCUCAUGUUCCCAAGCAUCCUCGUACCGACACUGUGAUGUCUUCUCUUUUCUACACACACAGAAUGUAAAUACUGAUGAGGAUGUUCUCCACCUGCUCACCCUCAUCGGUCUCAAACGCAAAAAAGUUAAACUCUUAGUCAGAAGCGAGGCGCAUUAAUAAAUAACAAUCAAUCUUGUUUGUUAUUCAUUUACUAUUACUCUUCUUCAAGUGAUGUGGUUUAUCUUGGUUUAAACACUUAUUUAUUACAUCAGACCCACUCAAAUUAUGUUUGUGCAAUCCAUAAUGGACAAAUGAUGACAUAUUUAGCUGAUAAUAAUGUGUUGAAUGUAAAAGAAUGUUUCCCUUUAUUGUGGUUUUCAAAAAGUUUCUUCUCUUUUUUUGUUAUGAUUAAAGUUUUAAGGAGUGUAAUUGAGUUUUUAAAUCUACUUUAUCUGUCUUUCUAUCUCUCUUUGCAUUUAUAUAAUUCCACAACACGGAGCAACCUCAACAAAAGAA